CCCGCUAGCAAGGAGAAGCCCCUGAUGAACAGGAAUUCUGACCUCAACCCACGAGGGGUCUCAUGGCAGCGAGCACUUCGCCUUUCUGCUGCACAUACAGUAAGGUGUUUCGGUCGUUGACGCUGAGCUGCUGCCUCUUUCGAAACUCAGGAGUAGUAUUGGACAUCUGAAUAGACCACCAUGCCCUCGACUGUUCUAGUGGGAGAGGCUGUAUGGACAGCCGCGCAUCUCGCAGUGAUAUUCGUCUGGAUAGGCUUCGUCCACCUGGCAGCCUACAGCCCCGUCUCCGCAAUCGCCGUCGAGUCUCCUCCCUCAAUCGCCCACCGUUGUGUCGGCACCUCCUUAUCUUCGUCGAGCCGGUCACCAAUCGGGAGACGAGAAUCGUCAGGGACCAGUGUCGCUUAUUUCAUUCCUGUUUUCAUUGUCGUCGGCGCGAUAUGCAGCGCGAUCUUCGUCCGGCUGCUCUUGCGUUGGCGUGCACACAGGAACCACCAACCUUCGUCGGGCGUUGCCACUCUAUUGCAUGGCGCGAACGAGAGCGGGAAUACGCUCGUACAGGACGACAUUUCCAUACAAGCUAGUCAAACGAGCAGGCGCGCAGUGGCAAUGUCAAGCCGCGACUUUGGCUCUUCUCAGCCCCCGUCUAUGUAUAGUUUUGCGGAGAAGAAAGCCCCCAGAAGCGAUGAGAUCUGUUUAGAUGCUCUAGCGUACGAGGCUGACGGCAUGUCCCCAGCCGGAAAACAUCUGGAACAGACCACUGUUGGAACGAUCGUCGGGGAGGAGAUCGUUAUUCAGCCUUCUCCUCGCCCGCGGCGUAAAUCGAUGCGACGUGGACUGUUGCGGCGGCUUCACAGCCACGCGUACCGGCCGAUGCAGUGCGAGGGCGACGCAGAGACGUACGGUCCUGGAUCAGGCGGGACGCCUUCGCAGGAGGCUGAUGAAGAUGGUGGCGUUGUGUUGAUGGCCGUUGGCGACGAGUGCGUCGAGUUGCAGCGGCCGCCGCUGGCGCGGACGUCGAGCAGCGGAGGCGAUUGGUCGUCUUCGAGGAUGUUCAACGAAAGCGACAGUCUCGUGGCUGCUGGGUACGAUGCCCGACAAUCUACCGGAUGCGCACUCUCUGAAGUUCAAGAACCCGCGCAAGGCGGAGCUCGUUCCAACCGCCGUGAUAUGCCUGGAGAACAGAAUCCUAGCGAAACGACACGUGGCUGGAGUUGGGGUUCUGUGUGGAUGUCGUCCCCUCCUGCGACGGCUUCAGCUGACAUGUACACUGUGAUGCCGACGAGAAGAAGCACCAUAAAGAACAAGGCGCACAGCCGCACAAUGAAAGCAGCAUCCGAGACUUGUCUUCCGUCUGCGCUGGAGCUAGACGAUUCAAUGCUGCCGGAUAAUCCCGCGCGCACCUUCACGCCAUCGAUUGAACGCCAUGCGACGUUUGCUGGUUGACGGAGUCCCAUGGUGGACUCGCCGCAUGUUACUUGAGGCACCCGUUGGAGCGGUCGAAGUUGCGCUCUGAUCGGUAUUUCGGGAAGGGAUGUGGCGCGGAGUGUCGGUUUGCAUAAUACGAAGGGAUGGAGGGCUUGGCCGUCGUGGUUGGCGUGGGAAGAGUGUGAGCCAUGUAAUCCAAGGUGCGCUGUGUAGGAUUGCAGAA